UUUGGGGGCCCGGGGCGGCCGCCCCGUUCGCCCCCCUCAGGGCCGGCCCUGCCCACAGCCUGAACCACCCGGGCCGUGGCCGACCACACGACCAGAUCUACAACCAACUCAGCGGCGACUCCGCCGCUGCCCCGACCUCACGACGGCGGCCGCGACUGUCUCGCCGAAGUUCCUCUACCAAAGGUACGAAAUGGCUGGGUCAGUUAGCUCCGAUGAUUUUUGCACCCCCGGCGGCCGCCGAACUGAACCAACACCGGCGAAAUCAUCAGAUAGCAGGCGAACUAGUGCGUCAGGCAGCCGAUCUGAUGCAAUUCCACCUAAUUUCACUUCUAGGAGCUCUGUCGGGCACGUUGUCACUAUUAACGACAGUUUCAGUGAAUACAAGCGGCGGCUAGUAAAAGAGAUAGGAUUCGGGGGGUGCUAGAGCUGCCAAUGAUCCAGAAGUUAAAACUCAAGCUUAGUGCUUGGGCAAUGAGCAAGGUCGAUGUCACCCAACGUGCAUUUGUUAUUAAUCCAAAGAUAAUUCUCCCGUUCAAGCCAGCGGAUGUGGCCAAGGUCUUCGAGAUCCCAUGCGGCAACAGGGAUGUGCGUGGACCGGAUGGCAACAUCAACGAAGAGUCUGUUUCAUUUAUAAAAAUGACCCUAGGCAUGGACCAGUCCGCAGCACACAGCUUGCGCGUUGCGGAGGAGUUCUUGAUGCGGAACAUAACUGAAGAAUCAAGCAAGUUGGAGAAAGACUGUUUUCUGAUAGCGUUCGUGAUCUUUGUAAUGGGUCAUCUCCUAGAUCCUUCGUCGAAACAUGACUACAAGAGCAUCAAUUCCUGGGGCGCCAUUGCUAAUACCGAAGAGAUAGCCCAGUUCAAUUGGUGCGAGUAUGUGUUGCAAGCCUUGCUUGAUGCGGUCACAAAACUGAAGGUUGAUAUGGAUAAUGGCGUCACGACAGCAAACCUUACUGGAUGCCAUCUUUUCCUUCAGGUGUUCCUUCUUGAUAACCUUGACUUGGUGAUAUUCAACCUGAAAAAUGAUGUUUUCCCUUGGGUCAAAAUGUUCGACCAGGACACCUUGCGGCGCAUGACUAUAAUGGCGUCCGACGUUGGAGUACCUGAGCUGUCGUUCGCGUCAUCAAUGUUGAGAGAUGCAGCGACCGUAUGCUACUCCCAGAGCGUUCAGACUGACAAGCCCCGCACCGACAACCCGCCAUUGUCUCGAACCUGGUCCCCUCUCCCGCCAUGCGCGCACCGGCACCUCCCUUACUGUACCGAAGGACAGUGUAGUCAAUCGCCCAUCUCCAAUGGUCGCAGUUGCCAAGAAGACCACGCCCCCAAGGCAAAUGACCGCUGUUGACUACUCGAACUAUAUCACAAAUCGAUACCCAACUAUGUCAUCCCAAACGAUAGCGGUUCUUCUCCGUGAACAGAAUGCACGGGCGGUGCGCCAUCUUACCACGGCUUCUGGAUGCACAUGCUGCACUGCUAGGGGUUUUUCUGAUUGCCCUGUUAGACCGCAGACGCUAGACGAGGAAAGCGCAUCAUGCCGCGAAAAACGCAAGUUUGCUCUUCCUGGAGCCACGCACAGUGCACAAGCUUCAUACCACACUCCAAAGUAUCGCAAACUUAGCGGUCUCAAGUUGGACCUCUCCGACUGCGAAGUUUUUUUUAAAUCCUGCGAUAAUUAUCCAUGCCAAAUUUAUUUUUCUGUUCUAUAUGUUGCUAAAGCAAUUUCCUCUGUUAUUGCCCUUUCUCCCCUACAGUUGAAAGUCCACCACAGAGAAGCGGCGUGCGAAAAGGCAGCAUGCAAACCGAGCCAACACGCAAACCCGGCCAUCAUGUGGCCACAUCAAGCCACAACAAGGACAAACAUCAUGGAAGAAGCGACGCCAUAUGCAACGCCAUACAACAGUAUGCCAUAUGCAUAGCUGAAGCAGUUAAGGACAUAUACGUCGAUAGUAUUCAAGAAAACCAGACAGGCGUUUUCUUUUCCAUCUCCACCGCCGAGCUACCCAAACGGAAAUACGUAUCAUCAAGGAGCUAUGCAGGGAAUCCAUGGUUUAAAGGUCGCCCAGUCGUGCCUCCUAAAACUGAUAUAGCCGACUUGCUGGAAGCCUAUCUGCCAUCGCUGCCCGACAAUCAGCUGGCACAAAACUGGAUAGUUCAUGGUACCCCCCGGGAGAUUAGAAUCAGAGUUGUCGAAAUCCAACUACAGAUCAUCAGCAAUAGCAUGCUCAAUCACGAGCUUGGUUCCAUCCUUAUACAUCAACUAAUGCAGAUGGACAGUGAAGCUAAUUUGGAUACACCUUGCCUAACACACCGCCACAUCCUCGAAUGUGAUUUCUCGAUACGAAUGCACCAUGCUAGCAAUGUCUUCGGUUCAUUUCUCAUUUCUCCGCGCAGCCCAUUUUGUUUCGCCACCUGCAUUAAUCAUAAUGGCCUCCUCAAUUGUUUUAAUUGUUCCUUCUUUGCAGACCUUAGCCCUUGCCGAAAAUUCAAGUAUUUCUAGGUUUUUAGAGAUCUAGAAUCAGUUUAUUGGUCCGGUUGUGCAGCACGCAGUAGAGGCAUGCCAACUAGUAAUGUUUUUUACCCCACCAAUACUUUUGAGCAAACCCUUUCUCCCCCUGUGACACAAAUGGCACGACUAGAGCUCACAAAUUGUGUCUCCGAAAACAAAAAAACUUUAGUUUUACAUCCCAGCAAUACUUCGAGAGGGGUGGGCUCUCUACAUGUGGGACAUGCUCCAAAGGGUGAUCCACAUCAUCGCUCCCUCUGUUGGUGGCGGGGUAUGGAAUGCUGAGCAGAAGGAGCGGCACGAGCUCAUAGCGUCCCGGCUCCAUGAUGCUUUGUUCCAAUGCUUGGAAGACUUCUUCGCAGUGUGGCCUACGCCAAAAGAAAAUUGGUCAACUAAGUUUCCUCAACUCUUUGACACUGCAUUCACUAGGGAGGAAACCGGGUACUGUGUUAUGCAUACCAUCAGGUACCACGACGGAGAUAAAUUACGAGUCCCCAUAACAAGGGACACCCUUAAGACCACUAAGCUAUGUGCGCUGCAAGAUGCAAUGAAGCUGCAGGGGAACCAAUCUUCACUCCCAGCUGACGCAAUAUGGCAGAAUGCAAUGUCCUCAUCAUGCAGGGCAACCUCGUCAUCACUUUCAGCAGCAAUACUUGGAACAAGGGCUGGCAGCGCCAUCGUCGAUGCAAUGGCGACGCUGCUUGCACACGCAUCAGCUUGAUCAGCUGGGUUGACAAAGCGUGUAGCCUCUACGCCAACCCACGCCUUUGCACUCCAAGGAAUAUGAAAACGGCUAUCGCCUGCCUCCCCACCAGCAAUCGCAACUGCAAGCAAACGUCAACCCCAAUCAAAUUCAUGGUCAUGCACUCUACAGCCUACAUUCCAGAAAUUCAAAGAAUGGAGCUCCUCGGUUGCGGAAUCAUUUCCUUGAUCCAGAUGGUUCUCUGCGAGAAGAUCCAGCACCAGAACCUACAUCAGCGCCAACAAAUAUGUCUUUGUAUCCGUUGCUUAAUGGUACGAUUGAUAAAGGUCACCGGGCUGCACUUAUGCAAGGGGGCAAGAACUUAGACGUGUUGGUCACUCGCACCCCGAAGACUAACUGGAUGAUACACCCUUCAUGGGUUGAUAGGUUAAGUUGGGCUGGACUUCUACCCUUGGCACGGCUGGUUGAGGGUACGUUGGAAGAGUGGGUUGACCAUCCGAACUUGGAUGAGGCAGGUGAACCAAUGCAGUUGAAAAAGAGGCAAGUGAAACGAUUCUCUUACGACAGGUCACUCCUUACUUGCUUAGUAGAUAGCUGGAGACCAGAGACACACACCUUUCACUUUCCUUGGGGAGAGAUGGCGCCUACUUUACAGGAUGUCUCCUACUUGUUGGGAUUACCUUUGGCCGGUGAUGCCAUAGGUCCUUUAGAGGCAGAACCUGGCUGGCUUGCAAAUAUGCAGGCCCGUUUUCUAGCUGCGGUGCCAACUGCUACGGGCUUAAACGAUGAUCCUCACGGGCCACGUUUUAGGUGGUUGAGCCAGUUUCAGAUUGUCUCAUUAGGAUACCCCGCAGUAGAUUGUCAGACGCACAGAUUGAUCGAUCCCUAGAGGCAUAUAUUCUAUGGUUGUUCGGCAAGACGAUGUUCACGGAGAACCACGUGACCACUGUUGAUGCACGAUUCAUCGGUAUUGCACGAGAGAUAGCUGACGCACGUUGCCCUGCGGAUAUUGUCCAGAGGAGUUUUGGUUCUGCCGUGUUAGCAGCUACGUAUAGAGGCUUGUGCAAAGGUUGCUUAUUGAAGUCUAGAAAGUCAGGUCUGGUUGGAUGUCCACUAUUGUUGCAGCUCUGGUCUUACGAGAGAUUCCCUAUUGGACGACCCUAUGUCUCCAUUGACACACCGUUUGGGUUGGAGGACAUGGCAGGGGCUUACGUGCCUGCUAUCGGCGACUUGCCUAUUAUGGGAUCUGUUCGGGCACGGAGAAAGAGACAGUUUGCACAUACCCAGGUGAAGGGCUGCUACCCGUCCUUCACGGUGCAGUUUGAUAGUUUGCACGAGGAUCAAGUUAUCUGGGAGCCCUACUUGUAUCAGACUAUAACAUCCAGGUAUCCAGUUGGGAUCUCUGCCUUAUGCACUAGAGAUCGGCACUACUGGAUGACCAAGGCAAAGUUGGUGUUCGACGUGACGAUUGAGGAGAUGGCUCUUCAUAGGGUGAUGAGACAGUUUGGUCUAUGUCAAGAGCCUGCAAUUCCAGAUAUUCCACGGAUACCAGACCACGUUCACAAGUACAGUCGCGUAGGAGGAAACAAGUCCAUGGCUGUUUGGCUUCAGAGCAUUAGCCCUUACGUUCAAGAAUGGACUACGGCACCGACAAAUAUCUGGAAUGAGGUUGGGCCCUUUGACUGGGACAAGUUUGGGUUGUAUUUACAAACUUACCGGCAUACAACGAGGAUCUACUUGGUUCCAUCAGCUGCUCCUGAUCAGAUUAAAGCCCCUCUGACCAGCGAUAUGUACCCAACUACCUCUGUUGUGGGAACGAGACACCACGCGAGUGACUUGACAGUCCAGGCGCGAGAGGAGGUUUUCGCUUUAAUGCGGCAGGUUGAGAGGGGGAUACUAUCCCACAGCCAGAGCACCUCUCAUGGUUGAGGCGUAUGGAUGAGAAGUUAAGAGGGAUUUACGCAUCACUUACAUGUAGGCGAUCUACGGAUGUUGUCAUUCCUCGUCCCGCACAUCGGCCCCCACGUCCCUCUGUCCAUCGUUCAGAACCACGACACUCUGUGCAGCGUUCAGAACCACGACACUCCGUGCAGCAACCACGCCUCUCUGUGCAUCAACCAUCUCCUUCACAACUAGGGAGCUCUUCCUGGAAUCAGCCAUCGCCUUCUCAACCAGGCACCUCUUCCUGGUCUCAUCAAAUGGAACUAGGCAACCAGUCGUGACAGUUCAUGCAUUCAGUGCAAUCACCGAUACUUAGUGGUGCUGGAUGUGGAUUAGAGGGCUAUGGCGAUGAUGAUGACCAAGCUGAAAACAUUUAUGACUUCUCGCACACGGUGUUUCACACUCCACCACCACCACCGUCGCAGGAGACACAGAUAGUGAUAGACGAGGUUAUCUAUGGUCGUGGUUUUCAUGAGCAUCGUCCACCGCCUCAGCGCUUAUCGCCUUCCGGUCCUCGCCCGAGGAAGACCCAGAUUCGUCGUCGACCCCCGCAGUGAUAUGAUUAUCUAUGUAUGAGUCAUUAUCUAUGUUAGUUUCAGACUAUUCGCAUACGUGAGUUAGUAUUUAUGUAUGAGACAUGCUUCAUGUAUGUGUUACUAUUGCACUUGCUUCUAUCUGAUAAGGAGACAUAUAUCGUUUUAUGUAUGCGAGAGACAUAUUACUAUUAA